AUGACCGAAGGCAGAGUUAUCUUUUACGAGGACAGGAACUUCCAGGGUCAGUACUAUGAGUGCAGUAGUGACUGUGCUGACCUUCACUCUCACAUCAGCCGCUGUAACUCCAUCCGUGUUGAGAGUGACUGGUGGGUGAUGUAUGAGAAACCCAAUUACAUGGGAUACCAGUAUGUUCUGACUAAGGGAGAAUAUCCUGACCACCAGCACUGGAUGGGAUUCAAUGACAACAUCAGGUCAUGUCGUUCAUAUAGCUAUGCUAGUGGGGCUCCAUACAAAAUAAAGAUUCACGAGAGGCCUAACUUUGGAGGACAGAUGAUGGAAUUCAUGGAUGACUGUCCAUCUGUCCACGAUCGGUUCCAUCAUCAUGACAUUCACUCCUGCCAUGUGAUGGACGGUUACUGGAUCUUCUAUGAACAUCCCAACUACAGAGGCCGACAGUACUUCAUGAGACCCGGUGAAUACAGGAGAUACAGUGACUGGGGAGCCAUUGUGGCUACUGUUGGCUCCUUCCGUCGAAUUGUGGACAUCUAA